AUGAGAUGUAACGCAUGCUGGCGGGAGCUGGAAGGGAGAGCUAUUUCUACCACGUGUGGUCAUAUCUUGUGCAAUGAAGAUGCCAGUAAGAUACUAAGUAAUGAUGCAGCUUGCCCUAUUUGUGAUCAAGUACUUUCUAAAAGUCUCAUGAAACCUGUGGAUGUCAACCCAAAUGAAGAAUGGAUAAAUAUGGCUAUGGCUGGCAUAUCUCCACAGAUAUUAAUGAAGAGCGCAUACAGAAGUGUGACAUUCUACAUUGGACAAAAGGAACUAGAAAUGCAAUUCAAGAUGAACAGGAUAGUAGCUCAAUGCCGGCAAAAAUGUGAGGCAAUGCAAGAGAAGUUCACCGAAAAAAUGGAGCAAGUGCAUACCGCAUAUCAGAAAAUGGCCAAAAGGUGUCAGAUGAUGGAACAAGAAAUUGAAAACUUGUCCAAAGAUAAACAGGAACUCCAAGAAAAAUUUUCUGAGAAAUCCAGACAAAAGAGAAAACUGGACGAGAUGUAUGAUCAAUUGAGAAGUGAGUAUGACUCGAUCAAACGGUCAGCCAUUCAACCUGCAAACAACUUCUUCUCAAGGGCUGAACCUGAUUUGUUUGCCAGUCCAGCUAAUAUGAUGGAUAAUAGAGAUUCCAUGAGGAAAGAUUGGUCGGUUCUCACCCCUGAAACUCCAGGACCUCGUGAAGAUAUAUGGCCACCAACAACAAGGCAGAACAGUGGUAAUUCUGGACAAUUCGACAUUUCUAGUAGCUCACCUGUAAAACAUUCAGCAAUGCCAAUUGAAAACAGAAGACCCGUUGGUCGCCCCAUGUUCGGAGGUGGAGGUGGUGGUGGUGGUGGUGGAGGUGGAGCAAGCAAUCCCUCUAUGACUUUGAGAAAUCUCAUAUUAUCACCAAUGAAACGGCCUCAGCUCUCUCGUAGCCGACCUCAACUGUUCACGUAA